CAGGAAUUCAGCCCGAUGGGAGUCCAAGUUCAUGUCGCGACAGCCUCUGCCCUGGUGCAUUUCAUCCUGCUUUCUGGGACGAGAUGCGAGGAAAACUGUGGUAAUCCUGAACAUUGCCUGACCACAGACUGGGUACAUCUCUGGUAUAUAUGGUUGCUGGUGGUAAUUGGCGCGCUGCUUCUGCUAUGUGGCCUGUCUUCCCUGUGCUUCCGCUGCUGCUGUCUGAGCCGCCAGCAAAAUGGGGAAGAUGGGGGCCCACCGCCCUAUGAAGUGACUGUCAUUGCUUUCGAUCACGACAGCACUCUCCAGAGCACUAUCACAUCUCUGCAGUCGGUGUUUGGCCCUGCAGCUCGGAGGAUCCUGGCUGUGGCGCACUCCCACAGCUCCCUGGGCCAACUGCCCUCCUCUUUGGACACCCUCCCAGGGUAUGAAGAAGCUCUUCGUAUGAGUCGCUUCACAGUAGCCAGGUGUGGCCAGAAAGCACCUGAUCUACCCCCAGUGCCUGAAGAAAAGCAGCUGCCUCCAAUAGAGAAGGAGUCAACUUGAAUAGUUGACUCUUGGAACUGAUGAGAGCUGCCAUUUUAUAAAUAGGGGUAGAGAUAUGUCCAGAGUCUGUGGGAAAAUUGAACACAUUCUUUUCUAACCCUCAGAAGUUUUAGGAUGGCAUCUAACACCAUCAUUCCAGGGAAAGAUGGUUCUUUCUCUUCAUUCGCAGGCCUUUAUAUCUUCUGAUACAGAAUGCUCUAAUUGGGAAC